AUGGCUGCGGGGGCCCGGCCGGCCUCGCCUCCAGUCCCCGCGGCCUCCUCGCCUCCGCCUCGCACUCGGGCCGCGGGCUCGUGCCACCCUGGGCGCCUAGGCGCUGACUGGCCUCUCCCCCCUCCUCCUCCUCCUGCGGCCGCUUCCGCCUCGCCGGGCGCUGAAUCACCCCGCGCCCCCUCCCCCAGACAACCGCCCCUCUCGCAGCCCGGCCCUCGCCGGCGCACGCCCCUGGCUCAGCUGGGCGGUGGGGGGCUCCGGACCCUCCCUCCCCUCGUCAGAAGGGAGGGCCUCUUUCGCCCUCAACCGCCCACCGGAGCGCAGGCCGCGGCCCCAGAGCCCCCUCCCCGCUCUCCCGAGGUGAUUCGCGGCCCCACCCGGGCCGGAGGAGGGGGCACGCGGCCGACCCCUGAGGGCGGAACGGAGCGAGGGCAGCGAGCCGGCAGGGUGGUGCGCGGCGCGCUCGCCCUAUUCCCUCAGCUCCGCACCCCCGACAGCGGCGGAGGAAACUGCGGCGGAGGAGAAGGAGGUGGCGUCGGGGACGGCUCCGCGGCGGCUGCUCUAAUAGCAUUUAUCCGCCGCUGCCUCCCCUCUCGCCGCCGCCGCAGCAUGUGGACGCCGCUCAUUGGCCGAGAGGGCCCAGCGCGGCGCGGGCGGCACGGCCCCGCCCCCUCCCCUCGGCUCCCUCCCUCCCGCGCGACUCGCGCCCACGCCGCCGCGCAGGCCCCGCCCCCUCUGCGCACCGCCCCCAGGAACCCGGAUAGAGGCCGGCGCGCGCCGGGCCGCGCUCGCGCAGUACGCGCCGUAGCCAGCGGUUGGCGGAGGGCGGAAUUUCGGCGGGUCUUGGGCUCCAUCGGUCUUCAACCCCGCUCACUCACGGACAGACCCCAAGGAGGUCGAGGGCUCACGGUGGGCCCCCUGCACUAG